CCUCAAUCUCGAUCCUCGACUUGCAAAAGGUCGCUCACUCACAUCCCAUCAUCAUCAACCAUGCCGCAGGAGCUCGUCACACCGGACGAGUUCCUCACGCGCCUCACGGCGACGUUUGCCGGGCCGUCCAAGAGCUCGGUCUGGCUCACGCACAAGCGAUACACGCACGAUGGCGAGGACGCGGCGAUGGCGGACGCCGAGGCAGAGUACGAUGUGUUGGUGCGGUGCACGCAGGGCGAGACCAAGUUCUCGGCGAGGAUCCCUGCCAUCACCCUCCCCACCUUCCACGCAGCGUACGGCGCACUUCUCAAGCAGUCGAUGGCUCCACACAUGCGCAAGCGCGACAAGAAGAGGGAGCGCGCGCGUGCCGAAGCCGCCGAGAAGCGCCGCAAGGAGCUCUACGUCGACGUCGCCAUCGGUUCCGAGGGCAAGCGCGGGGCGGGGCGGCGCAAGCGGCAGCGCAAGCUGGCGGCGCAGAAGAAGAAGGAGGCCGAGCGCGAGCGCAUCGAGCUGCGCGAUGCGGCACGGGCGGCCGCGGCCAAGGACGAGUAGCACGAGUGGGGCGAGUGUUAGUCGCGCGAGUCGCGUCAGAUUGUAACCAUGGCAUCGUAUUGAUAUUGCAGUGGCAUCAAACAGGUCUUGUCGAG